CGCUUCUUGACUUCCUGCGCUUGAGCCUGGGGGUCGGGUACUGAGACAUCCGCUGGGUCAGCCGGCUCGAGCUCCCCAAUUCCAGCGAACAUGAACGCUCCUCGCAGAGUGGUCUUCACGGGGGUGGUCGUUACCGGGCAGGAUGGCUCAGUCUUGUGCCUCCGCCUAGGCGGCGGGUCCUCCGGCUCCACCACCGCCUCUUUCUUCGACCUCUUCCCGCCAGGUGAAAUCCCAGCAUCACCCAUCGUUGCUGGGAGCUUUGAUUGAGAGUCUUGCGAGGCACCGGAAGCGGGGAUGCUGAGACUCAAGGCAACACCUUCUCGGUCCUCAGCGGAGGACCGCUGGACAGGAGGGACGUUCUCAUCAUAUCCCCCUCCGCCUAGCCGUGUGGGUAGAUGAUAACCCCCUCCAGCGCUCCUGGGCGGUCCUUCACUCGUCCCAGGAGUGAUUGGGCGUCCAGUGCCACUGGCACUCGUCCCGCGUCUCGACUCCUUGGCGACCUUGCGCGAGCGCGCAUCGAUCUGCCUCUGCACGGCAAGACAACGAGAUUUGAGCAUCUCCCAUUCCGGAGGGGGAGGUUUAGCCGCUGCACCCGCUCCUGCUGGUGGACAUAUAAUCCCCGUAACGGACUCUGAUGUAGCG